AUGUCUGGAGUGCAGGGCAGAGCUGUGAAUACAACACUGCCAGGCGAGGGUGUCAGGCUGGAGCCCGAGGAGCCAAGCUGGCAGCCGGGCCUGGCGCUGCCACCGCUCGGCUCCGCUCCGGGCACCUCCUCCCGCGAGCGAACAGGUGGCUCCGCGCCCCGGAGUCGGGGAAAGGACCGAGGGCGUCUCAGCUCGCACGAGCCUGCCAGCGCGGUCCGACAGCCAGCCUCAGGCUGCCUCAGGGUCCCCCGCGUCCCCUCCCAGGCGUGCAGUCCGCUCUGCCACGGGCGGUCCCGGCGCCAGCGACAGGCCAGGGGGCAGCGACAGCCUGGGCGCGGCCAGCAGCAGGUGCCCGGUGGGGACAGCAGGAGAGUCGGAGUGCUUCCCCCAGGACCAGCCAGAAGAUGCACAGCUCACAGUGGCCUCUGCAGGUGUGGCCUCAGCAUUCGUGUAAGGUUCGCAUCCUUCCGGGACCCAAGGACACAGCACUGCCUUUGCAAAAUGGAGAGUGAGCCAACUGUGGUAUGGCAUCUACCGGGUACUCCAGAAAGGCAGAAUGCACAGAAGAUGGUGCUCCACUCCUUCCUCUGGGUGAUGGAAGCUGAGUGCAAGGCCCGGAACCAUGCAUCCAUCCUGUGACUAUGAGAGGCCGCUCUGAAGAUGGCAGAGCAAAAAGCAGGAAAGCCUGGUUCUGGGAGAGCAGUGACCUGGGACUCCUCACCAGUGUAGACACAUGUGAGUCAACAAGAAGCCAGAUCUGGAGGCUGGACCACCCCCAGAGGCCUCCAGUUAGUGCCCUGCUCCCACCUUACUCAACGCUAAAGCCAGAGGACCCAUUAGAACCUGAGUAAGGUCCUGGCCCUCCUCUGCCCAGAACCUCCUAUGGCUCCCCUCCAGUCACAAGGAAAGGUGACUCCUGGGGGCCUUGGGCCCUGUUAGCCUGCCCCAGACCCCAGUGCCCUGCUGCAUCCCUACCCACUCUUCCCCAGGUGCCUGGUGGCUCUAUCUGCCUGUUGCCUUCUCAUCCCUGCAUCCCUGCACUGUCCUCUCCUGGAGCGUCACUCGGUCUGACAGUCUUUUUGCUUCCUUGUUAGCCUGCUCUAAUAAGAACGCAAGUUCUACAAGGGCAGGGUCUUCGUGUGUGCGUGUGUCUGCGUGUGUGUGCACACGCUUGUAGACAGGAAUAAAGAUGGAGGUGGAAACAGAUGUG